CAAGAGAGGAUUUUAAUAGUUGCAAGAACUUGCAACUUGCCCUGCACCAUUUUUUUUUCGUUGUGGACAAUUUACUAUAUGUAGCUGUUGUGUGUCCAAAACAACAGAGAGAAAACAAUUGAAGGUUGAGAUGACGAAGAAGUGCGAGCUUUGUAACUGUCCCGCAAAGUUGUUCUGUGAAUCAGAUCAAGCAAGCCUCUGUUGGGAAUGCGAUGCAAAGGUUCACAGUGCAAACUUCCUCGUCACCAAGCAUCCCAGGUUUCUUCUUUGCCAUGUUUGUCAAUCACUAACAGCUUGGCACGGAACCGGACCCAAGUUUGUACCCACCAUCUCCGUUUGCAACACUUGUGUUAGCAACAGUAAUGAGACCUGCAACCAACAGAAUCAUGAUGAUGAUGAUCACGAUGAUGACGAUGAUGAUGGCUCGGGGGAGGACGAUGAUAUAGAAAACGAUGAUGUUGGUGUGGACGAAGAUGAUGAAGAAAAUCAAGUGGUUCCAUGGACAUCUACACCACCACCCCCAGUUUCCCCUUCCUCAAAUAGUGUUUCUACUAGUUCUACCAGGUUCUCUAAUGUUGAAGAUGGUGGCUCAGAUUAAUGCUUCCAAUAUUUGAUUUUCUUCCUCUGUUUUUUCUUUUUUUUUUUCCUAAUUUUGAGGAUUUUUGGCUUGUCAUGUAUGUUUAUAAAGCUAAGAAGAAAGCCUCCAACUCCAAGGCUUCUCUUUCCUUACGUUGAUAUGAUAGUUUAUGACUCGUAGGUUAACGGUAACAAAGUUGCUUGAUUUUGUGCUAAUAAUCAUGAAUCCGCUCUAAUAACUUUGUGCUAACAAAGUUGGCAAAUAUCAGAAUAUGCAACGAAUACAAAAGUAAGAAAAACCAUGGAUUAAUUUCAGGGAAAGCUAGUCUCUCUAGUUGCUAAUGAACCUUAAUUCUUGUGCCCAUUGCCAAAUCCUUUCAUUCAAUUGCCACAAGUUUUUGUUUUAUUUUUCUGUUUGUUUUAUCUGACUGUUAGAUUUGAGAAAUUUAAGUCCUCUCAUAAGACAAUGUAUUUGUGUUUUCUAAAUGCCAACAAACCCUACUAUUGAUUUUGAUUUUCUUGUUUUGAAAAUUAUGAAGGGUCACAAUCACACAGCAUUGAACUUGCGGUUCUAAUCAAGGAUUGCCCACUUGCAUUAAUUAUUGUAGUUUAUUCAUUAAUUAUAGUAGCUUAAUCGCACUUCAUGCACUCAACUUCUGUUUGAUGUGAUAUCAAGACUCUUCUUCCAACCUGAAAUGUGAGAGCAAAGGAAUUCUGACAACAUUUUUCACUGACUGAGGAAUUGUCUGAUCUAGGAUGUUGCUUAGAAUCUGUCUUAUGUGUAUAAACUACUAUACUCGAUGAUCCCCUGGUAUUAAAUAAAACGGACCGUCACAUAGAUUUGUACGAAAAUAACAAAAGCAGACCAUAUCAUAGAUUAAAAAAAAGGAAAAAACAAUAAUCUCUUUUGUGAUUCACGAGUAUAAAAUAAGCUAAAUUAAGUUUUGCACCUGAGGAUAGGGAAGUGGGACCAUGUAAAUCCGACACCUUCACGUGCCUUCCAUAAACAUGAUUUAGUAUUUAAGUAGCAAGUUAAAAAUGGGUAGUACUAUCCCAAAGAAUGUUAAACUAAAUUAAUAUCAAGUUAACCAACGAGAUUUGAAGGAAUCAAGAAGAAAGGGAAUGAGGGUAGGGAUUAUAUUAGCAGUGACUGUGAAAUUGUUGCUUUGCAAGUGGGGGAGGGUAUGUGUGGCCAUCAGUGUAAGCUUUUGCCAAAACUUACCACCAUGGACACACGAGAUACUUUUUGAGUUAUCUAUGUUUAUUCCUUAGAUUCUUUCUGCUCCAAAGCCGUUGGUUUUUCUGAUUUGUCUCUGAUUGUACUACUAUGUAUAUGUAUGAGUCACAAAGGAAAAAUAUUCUGCAUCAUGGAUAUAUAUCCUUUAUCUUGAAGUUAUAGCCACUAAACUCCCUUUGGUAUCCACAUAUGUGAAAAGUCUUUUUCUGAACAAAGAUGGUUUUAAGUCAAGUGCUUUCUUUAAUCAACGAUAGAAAAUCUACAGGGUCUCUAACUCUAUCAGAUUGACGAAAAGAAGAGCAAUUUGCUUACACCAAUAGUCCAAAACAAUUAGUUUGACGUUGCUUUGCUUGUCCCAUUAUCAUUAAUAUCACCGUAAUUUGGCAAUUCUUGAGAGGGCUUCAACGUAUCAUGAAGGUGAAGAAAUUUGAUACCAGCUACACUAAACGACAAAAAUUGUUGUAGAUGCUUGAAUUUGAGGUAACUAAGUUGAGUAAUAUGAUCUGUACCGAAAAUAAUUUAAUUAUUCCUAAAGUUAUUAAGUGAGGCAUUUAAAGUCUUGAAAUUUUAAAAAAAUUUGUUAAGUCAUUUUUUUACUUUAUAUUUUAGUAUUAUUUUGCAAAAAAUAAAAUGGUUUACACAAUUAAGAUUAACGAAGGAUUUUAAAUUUGAAGGAAUUAAAAUAUUUAAUUCAUAUAAUUUCAAACUCUGAUUUAUGGGUUUUAUUUAAAAAUUUGAAUAUCAUUAUCAUAUACACACGUACAAAUAAGAUAAUUGACACCAUAUGCAAAUUUACGCUUAUAAAAACACGUAUAAAUGAUAAACUUUAUUAAUUAAACAGAAAAAUAUAAAUUUAUGAAGUAAAUAAAGUUUACAAAAAGUCUUUUAAUUCAAUAGUUAACUAAUGCUUC